CUCAAGAGUGAAUGAUGUCUGGUUAUUUCUUCUAUCCAGGACACUCGACGCGCCCCCUUAUAUAUUGAUAUUUCAUCAGCUGAAUGAGUCACCCUUUCAGACCUUCCAAAUAUUAUUAUGACAUUAAGACGGCUAUCGAUUGAGACCUGCACUCGUUAUCCAACCUUGCCAGGCACUCUCAUCGAUCUGACCAACCAGAAACCUAAUACCUCCACUUUUCGGCCUCCAGGUCAGCUCCUCAGUCUCCCACAUGCUCCUGGGUGGGCCGUGCCAAAUCACAGCAUUUCACGGCCGAAGAAAACGAGAAAACAAUCAAACAGAAGGGAAAAGAAGACGAUUAGCAGCGUUGAGGUCUCAGGAACAAGUCGAUACUAAACAGAAAUGGGUUAUGAGAAUGUGG